AUGCCUUCCCUACCUGAUAUUCCAGACAUCGCUCUGAAGAAUAUUCUGGGCAAUUGUGAUUUCAGGUCAAUCCUCGCCCUCCGAAAGACUUGUCACCGACUCCGCAACUUCAUCAUCUCCACCAAACCAGAAUCUCACAUCACGGUAAUCCGCAUUAUCCCGAAACCCGAGGCUAUCUCUUUGGUUCUGAAAUUUGGUGAUUCUGAACAAGAAAUUUCCACGCAAUAUCACAAAAACGAGAGGGGAUGUGUGGUCACCUGGGAUCCAAUAAAGUCGAAACUUGUGAAAAACGAGAAUUUCAUCUCUGUCUUCAUGAGAGAUCUCGAGAUUGCCCUGGAGCAUCAGAAGAGCACACCACUGAGAUUCUUCCAGAUGAUGUUGCUAUGCGGGGUUCCUGCUGGAUUUUUCGAAAAAUUAAAGAAUCUUCUAGAAUCAAGACCCCAAAAAGUCCACAACGCCUACCUAAGAGUGGAGACUGACGAAGAAAUCCUAUCAAUUCUACCAUUUCUGGAUCCAGAUGUUUUGAAGAUUUUAGAUAUAUCUAGCAGCAAGAAUGAAGAGGAACCUUAUCUAGAUCUAGCCGAAAUUUCAGAGCUAGAGCAAUGGAAAAAAGCGAAAGAACUUGUAAUUAAUUGUGUUUUGCGUGGAGUCCCUGUUCAAAAAAUGCUUCACUUUUUGAAUGUGCACAUUUCAUUGGAGAGGAUCACAAUGGAAGAUGUAUCGGUGUUGAAGGAGGCGCUCACCCGAUCCCCGGAAUUUGACAUUUUCGAAAUCCGACUUCUAGAAAAUGGUCUGGAGGGAGCACUCAUUGAAAAAUAUGGAGAUUCAUAUCAGGAUAUCGACGAGGAGGAGAAACCCAGAAAACAAUGGUUCUUCGAAAUGCAAAACUCGGAAAAUACACUUGCUAUAGUUUAUUAUGAUGAGUAUAUCAUUUUUGAGAAUUUGAAACCAAUAUUUGUUCCAGCGGACGCUGUAAUUUUGAUUUGA